GGCCCCGCUGGAUGCCCCCACAGCCCUGCACCUUCCUGUGCCCCCCUGGCCCCACAGGGCCUGUCCCCGUGUUCCCAUGCGGCGCUCCAGCUCUGAGAUUAGGGAUAGGAAGGUCAUUGGGGUCACAGCGCAGCCCAGCUGGUGCCACAUUCGUCCCCCCAGCACCGUGCCCUGGCUGUGGUCACACUGUGCCGGGUCUGGUGAGCCCCCUCCACCCCUCGCUGUGGUCUCCAGCCCCAGAGACACCCACAAACCCCCCCCACUGGGAGAGGUGCCCCCAGCCUGCCACGGGGCAUGAGGGCUCCUGCAUGCUCCUGUCCCUGUGAAGGAGGGGGUGCAGGUUGGUGCUGUACCCCCAUCCCUGUACCUGACUGCAGUACAGUGCAGUGCAAACACUGCGUUGACACUGCGUGGUGUUGGGGGUGCACUGUGAGCCACCACAGCUGUGGGAAGGAAGGGGCUCUGGCAGGGCCUGGGGUGGGUUAAUGAGUGGGGUUAAAGAGUGAUUGGCUGCAGCUGGGUGCCAUUGGGGUUGGUGCUGAUUAGUGGAGAUGGGGAUGGGAUGGAGCACACCUGGCAGGUUGGAGGCUGUGCUGUGAGCCCCCCUGGGCUGGGGCUGCCUGUAGGAGCAGCCCUGUGCCCGCUGCCUCUCCCUCCCAACCCUACAUACUUCUUCAUAUGCCCAUAUGGAGUCGGCCGGCGUUAUGGAAUGUUAAGAAGUAUGUAUCCUCGGGCUGGGACCCCCACGCUGGGACCCCAUCGCUUCCAGCAGCUCUGAUGGCCUCCAUGGAACGAAGGAGUGGUGCCUUCCUGGGGCUGGUAAAAAGGAACCAGAUCAACUACAACUGGAUUUGGUCCCCUUCAACCAGCUGCAGUGGGGCACGAGGUGACACGAGAUGACAGGAGGCGGCAGGAGGCCUGGGGACACGGAGGGGACACGGAGGGCCAUGAAUCCGAACAUCAUCAAAGCCGCCAUCGGGGGCGGCGUUGCAACAGGAGUGGCGCUCGUGGCCGCCCCGUUGAUCGUUGGGGCGAUGGGCUUCACGGCUUCCGGCAUCUCCGCGGGCUCCGUAGCAGCCAAGAUGAUGUCGGCUGCGGCCAUCGCCAACGGCGGCGGAGUGGCUGCGGGCAGCAUCGUGGCCGUGCUGCAGUCGAUCGGUGAGUGCGGGGCUGCGGGAGGUUGGGGUGACGAACUCAUCUCGCUUCCACCUUCGGGUUCGUUCACCCAAAAGGUUGGGGGAUGGGAGAAAGCCUCGGCGGGGGAAGGGACCCGUUCGGAUAAGGGACCCUGCGCUUUAGACGUGUCCGGGCACCGAGAGGGGCGGCGGGGGGUCGGAGCUCCUCGGCUGCCUCCGCCCUCCGCUCACUUCGGCCGCUCUCUGUCCCUGCAGGAGCCGCGGGGCUCUCUUUCGGUGCCAAAGUCGGGUUGGCCUCCGUCUGCGGGCUGCUCGGUGCGCUGAUAGGUUUGAAAAUCCCUUCAGGGAUGGAUGGCGAAGCGCAGAAACGCUGAGAGACGGCACAGCCGCUGCUGCGUGGUCGGCACCGGGACCGCAUCGCCCACCCGCGGCCCCCACAGCGAUGAGUGCGUGAGAACAAUAAAGAUACUGCAGAGGA